AUCUUGUAUGAAAUUAUCUCAAUUAUUGUAACUUAACUAAGUAUUUAUAGACGUCCCCUUAUCCUAGGAGAAAAACCAUAUUCCAUAAAAAAAAUCCCACAAAAAAUGGGCAAGUAUUAUCGAUUGUUGAAAUUUAUUUUUCUACAAACCAUCUUUUUCGUAUGUUGGCCUAGCAACACUUUGGGUCAUCGUCACAAACAUGUAAAUGGUGAUGGUGUGCAACCACUCACUCAAAUUAACAUUCUUGAUACUAAAUUUGCUGUGCAUGACAAGGCGUUUGUUCAUGUUUCUACCAUUCGUCUGCCUUCUAAGGGAGAUGAGGACUCAAAGCUAUUUGGUACAACUAAGUCAAUUAUUCAAGACAUAGAGGAUGAUGACAAUGUUCGCCCAGUAACUGUAACUCUUAUGUCUGACAAUCCGUCUUCUGAUGAUUGGGUCGGAGUUUUCUCCCCUGCUAAAUUCAAUGCAUCUACAGACUGCAAAGAAGUUGGUAAUGACAGAGUUGAGGACCCAACUAUAUGCACAGCUCCUAUCAAGUACAAAUAUGCAAACUAUUCGAAUACAAAUUAUCUCAAUAGUGGAAAAGCUGAGUUGAAGUUCGAGUUGAUUAAUCAACGAGCAGAUUUUUCCUUUGCAUUAUUUUCUGGCGGCCUGUCUAAUCCAAAACUGGUGGCAGUUUCAGACCCUAUCUCUGUUUUUCCGAACCCAAAAGCCCCCCUUUAUCCUCGAAUUGCUAUGGGAGAAACUUGGGAUGUGAUGACAGUGACAUGGACAAGUGGUUACAACAUAGGUGAAGCGGUUCCAUUUGUUGAGUGGGGGGCUUUGGAUGGAGCUACCACUCAAUCACCUGCAGGAACCUUUACAUAUACUCGCAACCAAAUGUGUGCUCCACCUGCACGAACAGUUGGUUGGCGGGAUCCUGGAUUUAUACACACUAGCUAUUUGAAAGAGUUAUGGCCAAACACGAUGUACUCUUAUAGAUUGGGUCAUAAAUUACCAGAUGGUUCCUAUGUUUGGAGCAAGAAAUAUAAAUUUAAAUCACCCCCAGUUCCUGGAGAAAGCUCUUUACAACGUGUUGUAAUAUUUGGUGACAUGGGGAAGGGUGAACGAGAUGGAUCAAAUGAGUAUGCUGACUAUCAACCAGGAGCGCUGAAUACUACUGACCAACUCGUGAAAGAUAUCGACAACAUUGAUGCAGUUUUUCUAAUUGGAGAUUUGCCAUACGCCAAUGGAUAUAUCUCACAAUGGGACCAAUUUACUGCACAAGUUGAGCCUAUUGCCUCAGUUAAACCGUUCAUGGUUGCAAGCGGUAAUCAUGAGCGUGAUGCACCAGAUUCAGGAUCUUUUUAUAUAUACAAUGACUCUGGUGGUGAAUGUGGUGUCCCUGCUGAAACAACAUUCUACGUCCCUGCCAAGAACCGAGCUAAGUUUUGGUACUCAGCAGAUUAUGGAAUGUUUCAUUUCUGCAUCGCUGACACUGAGCAUGAUUGGAGGGCAGGUAGUGAGCAAUACAAGUUCCUUGAAGAAUGCCUUGCAUCAGCAAAUAGACAUAAGCAACCUUGGUUAAUCUUUGCUGGUCAUCGCCCUCUCGGUUACUCCUCGAAUAAAUGGUUUGGUAUGGAAGGGUCAUUUGAUGAGCCAAUGGGCAGAGAUGACCUACAAAAACUGUGGCAAAAGUACAAAGUUGAUCUUGCAUUUUGGGGCCAUGUUCAUAAUUAUGAGAGGACUUGCCCUGUUUACCAGAACCAAUGUGUGAAAGAGGGGAGCUCUCACUUCUCAGGCGUGGUGAACGGUACCAUUCAUGUUGUUGCUGGUGGUGGCGGAUCCCAUCUAAAUGAAUUUAGCCCGAUAAAAACUACGUGGAGUAUCUAUAGAGAUCAGGAUUUCGGGUUUGUUAAGCUCACAGCAUAUAACUAUUCAAGUCUGAAGUUUGAGUAUAAGAAAAGUAAUGAUGGUAAAGUUUACGAUUCGUUCACAAUCUCUAGAGAUUACAAGGAUGUCUUGGCCUGUGUUCACGAUAGUUGUGAACCCUACACUUUAGCCGGAUAAGAUGAAAGAUGAAGCAAACCCAAUAAAGGCAGAAGAUAUAUGCUUGUUCCUUAUUUGUUACUCUUAGUAUAUUGGUUUUAAAUGUUAUUGUUUCUUAGGGAGAUAUUAUGUGAGAGUGUAAAAAAAGUAGUAAUUGUUGUAACACGAAAUGUUUUCUAGUUUGGCAAUCCAUCAAGGUAACAUUUUUUCUUGUGUUAUGCUUUAA